AUGGCUAACAGCAAAUACGCCUACGUGAAGAAGCUGGAGGAAGAGAGGAGAAUUCUUCCCUGCUGCUACUUCGUCGUGAGGAUAGACGGCGGAGGCUUCAAAACAUUCACAAAGACACACGGGUACACAAAACCGAAUGACGUACGAGGACUGCACCUAAUGAAUGCAUGUGCGAAAGAAGUGAUGCACAAGUUUGACGAAAUCGAUUUGGCAUAUGGACACUCCGACGAGUACAGCUUCCUCUUUCGGAAAAAAACAAAAGUAUGGAAUAGAAGACAUGAUAAAAUCUUAACCAAUAUUGUGUCCUGUUUUUCAGGAUCCUUUCCUUUUCACUGGAAGGAAUUCUUUCCCGAUCAGCCGCUACUAUACGUGCCAUGUUUCGAUGGGAGGAUUGUUCUCCUGCCAACAGAAAGGGAAGCGAAGGAUUACUUCCGCUGGAGACAAGUCGACUGUCACAUUAACACUCAGUACAAUGAAUGCUUCUGGAACCUUAUUAAUAGGAGUGGUUAUUCUCAUCAGCAGGCUUACGAUGCUCUGAGGACAACUCAGAAGAGGGAAAAGAAUGAGUUGCUAUUUUCUCAGUUUGGGAUCAACUACAAUGAUGUACCUGAGAUUUUCAGGCGGGGUUCCAUCUUGAUGCGGGAUGAGCAGAGCUGGAAAAGGGGCCACGUCGGGGAAGAGGUGAAGAUCACGCGCGUGAAGGAUCCCAAUUCGGGAAGUGGACAAAAUACGAAGGUGCGACCGCUGGACGAUGGGAAGAUGCCACCGCCCGACGAUGCAAAGGUGCCUCCCCCGGACGAUGCGAAGGUGCCACCCCCGGAGAAACUGCGCAGUGAUGCCGCUCCCCCCCACAAGCGUGACACAGUGGCGAAGUUCACGCUCUCGCACGAGAAUCUCGUGAGUGACAUCUUCUGGGAGAAGUAUCACUUCCUAUUUGCUAAGUGA